UCAUAAUCAAAAACCAUGAGUCCUUCACAAUUUCAUGCUAAGAAAGAACUCACCCCAAUCGUCACAAAAUCCAACCACAACAACAACGUUAAUGGAAUGUUACCACCACAUUUGAAAAUCAAUAGAGAUUCUCAUUUCAUUAAAAAACCAUCUUCAUCGCCGCCUUCAUCAUCUUCGUCGUCAUCGUCAACGUCAUCGACGAUGAUCAAUAGUAUGGCGGCAUCGAAUAAACCACCACAACAACAUCGUCACCCUGUAAUAAUCUACACGCAUUCUCCGCGUGUUAUCCACACGGAGCCUAAGGACUUCAUGGCAUUGGUGCAAAAGCUCACCGGACUCUCUCGUUCAGAGGAAAAGGACGACGAGAACAAUAUAGUUCCUUCGUCUCAACACCAGCCUCUGAAACAAGAGUCUGUGACGAGCAAUAUGAUGGUGGCAGACAAAGAGAAUGAUCAAAAGAAAGUCGUCAUCCUCAGAAACGAAGACAAUGAUGCAUCGUCAUCUGUGAUCACAGACGAGAACAUUUAUGGUAACAACAUUGGAGAAAAUCGAGAAAAUCAAUGUUUCAUGGCCUCAGAGGCACCAAUUUUUGAGCCUCCGUUCAACCCUUACGUGACAAACUACUUGGCAUCGAACUCGGCAGAGUUCUUGUACUCGAGUCCGCCGUUAUUGAACUACUCAGAUUCAUUUUUCUCUCACAACAUGAUAGCCUCUCUUCCAAACUCUAACACCUUGGAAGGGAUGAAUGAGUUUGGUGACUAUGGACUAUAGUUGAGGUUUUUCUCUGGUUUGAAUUUUUUGUGCCAAUAAAAGUUCUAGUUUUCCAGGAUAGAACUUCAUUUUCUUUUUUGAAGAAUUAAUAUCACUUUUUUGUUGUAGACAAAAAGUUGUACCUCUCAGGAGAUUUGUUAUUUCAGUUUUUUAGUGAAGCUCAUAGAUUUGUUAUUCAGAAUAAUAAAGAAAGUUUUGGCUUUCUAUGUUGCUAUUUCUUUGUUAUUUUUUUGAGAAUUUCCACAUGCUU